CGAGACUUUUCCAUUGCAAUUGCAGGGGGGUGGAGGUGGAGAUGGAGGAAUUUAUGCCCCCGUUAUUAAGGAACCUACCUGUUAUUUGGUUGUGCUGGCGACCACCAGCGAUACCCGUAACUUUUCCGCUCAGUUUGCAGCCGAAGACAAGUCGAAUCGGAUGUUUCCCUUUUUCACCUAGGAGAGAGAUCCUAACCAGAUUCCUAUCCCUUCGCAGCUUUGAUGCCGACUUUGGCUGGAAUAGAUCCUUCUCCGAGCCGGAUCUCACAGCCAACCAGAAGCAGGGCGAUCUCAGCCGGUUCGCCAUCAAGCAUCCGCACGAGUACAUAGCCGUCGAUGACCUCAAGUACUUCCGCCGCCGCCAGCCCGUCCAUCUGCACACCCGGAGCAACGUGUGCCUCUUCAGCGGCGAUGAGCCAGUGCCCAGCUUCGGCUCCCUGAAGUCCGAGUACCGCAAGCACUUCCGUGGACAGGGCACCCAGUCCCGCCCCCGAUCCCUGCUGAGACGAGCGACCUCGCUGCGACUGGAGGGAUUCAUGCAGCUGCUGUCGGAGCACCAGGAGAAAUACCACUGGUACACGCCCGAGGACCUGCGAUUCUCCCGCACGUUUCCCGUUCGCAAUCCGGAGAACCUGCAGUUGGGAGGAGAGGGAAGCGGUGCCACCACCGACACCGAUGGCAUGAAGAACUCCUCGUACCUCAUGCUGGAUCCCAGCACCAAGAUACUGCCACGCGAGGUGUUCCUCGACGAGUCCGAGGUGGCGGCGUCCAGGAGCCAGCAACCGAAUGGCAAGCUGGCGGCGGACAAGUUCCGACGCGAUGUGGCCGCCCAGGAGCAGCAGCGGUGCCACCUGCAGAUGCGGGCCCAGGCUGUGGACCGGGAGCAGCAGGGUGAGGUGCCGGAGCCGUCGGAGUACCGCCGCCAGUUCGUCCAGCAGUUCCCCGAGAAGGCGCACUCCAUUCCCCAGAUGAGCAGCAUCAAGAUCCAGGGCGAGUUCGUGGCCGUGCCGGAGUACCGGGACAGCUUUCGGAUGUAUGCCAACUACUCGAAGAGUGCGCCCAUCAAGAAGGACGACAACCUGCGAGUAUCCGGCUCGGAGGCCUCUGCCUCCACCUUCGGUGCCAACGGGGCCGAGGUGCCGGAGUAUCGCGACAAAUUCAUCGACCCACCCAAGCACGUGGCCAAAGAGAAGUCCCUCCGGACAGACGACCACCUGCGUCCGCGCGGGGAGUUCACCAAAGAGAUUCCCGAAUACCACGAGAGCUUCCGAGACCCGCAGAUCACCGAGAUGCCGGAGCGGGGCAAGCCGCGGGAGCCCUUCCUCCGCCUGCGCGGCAAGAUCGAGUUCAAUCCGGAGUACAGGAACAACUACCAGGACUUUCCGCGCUCCCGUCCCAUCGUCCAGAAGCCCACUUCCUGCUUCCGGCUGCCCACCUCGGGCGUCCAGCACGCCCCCUCCCCCUCCGUCCACCAUCAGCCGGAUGAGGAUCUGGAAACCCCUGUCCUGGUCACAGUUCAUCCCUCGGAGGUGACGGCCACGCCGGAAUAUCGACGGGCGCAGUACAAUUAUCAACUGCGCGAGCGUCCCAGGGAUUUGGAAGGAGUUCCGGCUGGUCCGCCGGGCAAUCUCCGCAAGACCUCCGAUUCCUCACUGGAGGCGAGACAACCGCAGGUCCAGGCUCCCCACAAACGGAGGACAUCGCGUCAGAGGCAGGUUAAGGAGCCGGUAGAGCAGCCCGCCAGGUUUGAGGAUGUGGGCGGCAAUGUGGCCAAGAAGCCGGCCAGAUACGGCCGACGAGCAUCUGUCCUCCAGAACGCGGCCAGUUGCCGGGAGAACUCCUCGAUCAUCGAGGGCAAUCCCAAGUACGCCGUGGGAUGUCGCCGGGCCAACAAGCAGCCACCUGGAUCCUUCGUGGUGCUCGACGAGCCCUGCAAGCCUUCCAACUGGAUGAAGAAGACCUGGUACGACUCCUAGGUCCACGCAUCUACACCUAAACGCUAGUAUUCUGUUUUAAAUCUGUCUAUU